CUGAGUGAGAGAGAUGGGUAGAAUGUUAGAUUAUGACAACAAAUUAAGCUGGAUGUUCGUCCUUAUUUUCCACGAAACUGCUCUUGGUGCUCAUUUUUAGCUCCCAGUAAGGUUUGGACUUCAAUUAAUGAUGAAUAUGCAGUUGCACUGAUGGCUCUGAGCAUCCUACGCAUGUAGAACCACCAUUCCUCAUACGAUCAACCUGAACAACCUCAAAUGAAUGCUGCAAACCGCAAAAAUGUUCCUGGCAACCAUCAAGGGCAAAGCGUCAUGAACCAAGAAGGGCAAGGCUACAUGAAUGCUGCAAUGGCUGCCGCUGGGAACCAAGGCUUGGGGUAUACCACUGUACCUAUGGGAUGGAAUCGUACUAUAUGGGGAGAUGGCUCGGUCGUCUACGUAAGUCCAAGUGGCCACCUUCUGCAUUGUGCCGAUGAGCUUCAGCGAUACCUCCUUGCAGAAGGCACUUGCAAAUGUGGAUUAGAAUGUCCGCUGAUCAUCGAUAGAGUGUUCAACUUCAACCCUAGGGUGCCGGCAAGACCCAAGCUACCAUCUGACAUCCUUCAGCGGAGUCAUCUCCAGACUCUCUGCAAGCAUAGACAUAAGUUAGUUGCCAUGGCAGCGGGGCUUCAGGGGAACGAGGAGAGCCUGACAAACAUCGGUCCGCCUGGGGGAGGCUUGGCAGCGCCUGGGAGAAGCAAAGCAGGAGUGAAGAGGGCAAGGUCAAAGUCGAAACCCGAGACUGGCGGUGAUUUUCAGUAUCCCAACCUUUCAGUGUCGCAGAUCUUAGCACUACAACAAGGCAGGCACCAGCACCAUCCGCAAAACAUCACCAAACAUAUGCCUUCAAUGGAAUCCAUCCCUUAUGAUCAUCGCUUGCAUCAGCAGCAGCACAGCCUCGAGUCACAUCAGAGACAGGCUCAGAUGCGCUUCUUGCACAUGCAGCAUCAGGAGCUUAUGCAGCAGCACCAGCAGCAGCAGCUUCUGCUUCACCACCAGCAGCUUACACGCCAGGCAUCCCCACGCAGGGGAAGCCAGGAAUCUCUCCAUUCGCCUAUUGAUCAGUGCUCUGUUGAACAUUGGGACGGAAGGGUGCUACACUCGAGCCCAACCCUUCGCUGUCCGAACAUACCGUUUACCCGAGGUGCUGAGGUAGCACCACAGAACACACCUACUGCUGCAAGUCCACACAACACUGUUUCAAGGUCGAGAAAAAGAAGCGGAUCAAGCGGUGAACUUACCGUCAGUCCAAAUGAAAUGCAAACACUCCAUAACCAUGGUUCCUUCUCAUUCCCCUUUCAUGGGGAGGUACAUGGGCCUGUUGUGGACGGACAGAAUAUGGUCGGCAUGCACCUGGAUGGAUGUUCUCCGAGCGUGAUUCCAUUACUCAGCAACAUGUACCAUAAUCAAAACAGGGCUUCCUCGACUGCUGCUAAUAUGAGCAAUAAUCCAGCCUUGUUUGCCAAUAGAAAUGAUGUGGCCUUCUAUAUGCAAGACCGGUCGAAAAAGAGCCUUGUUGUACCUGGCCAGGACUCGGAAGAAGCUGCACCAAUUGAGUCAACAAAACCUGUGGACAAAUCUAAAGCAGAUAAAAUGAGCACCUCAGUCACCCCAAAAGACAGCAACCCGACUUAUAGCAUCAAGUCCAGCUCUAUGCACAACACAAAAACAGAUCCAAAACUUCCAGUUGGUAAUAUAUCACUGCAAGAAAUAUUUAACCAGUCACUUGAAGGAAGUGCCUUCCCAGCAAGUAGUCUACUUUCAGCUGCAGCUAAAGCCCAAUCAGCAAAGCAAUCUCAACCUCCUGAAAGUCCUGCACCCCAUCAUGCAGGCGACCUGAUGUCUGGUAUGGGCUUAUUUAACGACAACACGCCUAACGUAACACCGGACAGCUCGAAACAUGAAAUAGCACCUUCACAGAUAAGCGCAAAGAGAAAGCAAAGUGUGGAAUCAUUAAAACUCUCUGACGCUGCUGUGGCAACUGAGACCAGCAGUGAAGGUAGCACAUCUGCCGUUGAGAAUAUCAGUGAGUCCCCAAUACAGUGCCUGGAGAAUGCUGUACUCAAUUUAGAAGACCAGCCUCACGUAGCGAACGUAGUUCCCUUUCCAGAAGGCGCAACUUUUUCUCCUGAGCGAAAGAGAAUAAACACAAAGAGCAUUGAGGAUGCCAUCGAUGGCUGGACCAAGAGACCGCGAUUACACAGUAGUGACAGCUCACAUGGACGUGCCUCUGUUGAAUCUGAGACAAUACAAUCAGAAGUUGCUUUAUCAACUCACAAAGUGCCUGAGAUGAACACGGACAGACUUUUCCUAAUGCACCAGUAUGAGUCGACCAAGGUAACAGGCUCAUACAAUGUUGUGUGUUCGACCGGAAAAUCAACAAACCUGGGUGAGCAUCAAUCAGUGGAUGAGUUAGCCAGGUUAAAAAAGCAGCAGGAAUGGUGCGCAGCCAUGAUCAGAGCAAAUCAACAACACGGUACCGGAAAUGUUUCACAAAUUGAGCAAUUCCCAACAGAUCCACAGAUGGGACUUCCCCACAUUAGGUCAAGAGGUCUACAGGAGCUCCAACACAUUGCCAUGGGUGGUGGCCCUUUUCCCAGGAUGCCAGGUAUGCAACAGCAUCCCAACUAUGCCCAGACACAUCAGUUUCCAAAUCGCUUUAUCAAUCCACAAUUCGUGCAUCCUAAGAUGAAUGUAAUGCAACACCCGCGUGGAAUGCCAAGGCCUUUCAGACUGGAUACACCGGUAGAACAGAUAGAUCCUAAGAUCCAACAGGGUGCAAAUAUGUGUAAUAGUAACAUUUUACAAUCAAUGCUACAGCAGCAACAACAGCAACAUCUCCAGCAGUUGGGAAUACCUCCGGGUAACUUUCACCAUCCUGGUAUGAAACAAGUGUGCCACGGAGAACCAUCCAUGCCAAUGAAACAAUUCCCAGAUGUGGUAAAUUUGACUAAAACUCACCAACAUGGGUCUGCUACUCACAAAUCCGGAACAUCAUCACAGCGCAGAAAAACUACAAAGGUUUUGAAGAGUACAGGAGGCUCAUCAACAGGUGGUACCCCUGUUGUGGACCUUGAUGACGAAGAGCCAAAGGAUGCUGCUUACUGGGUGAAGGCAGCUUCUAAAGUAGGUGGAGUGAAGAAAGUGAAAGACAUACUAGCAAUGACAAGGUCAUUAAAGAAACACAACAGUGAAUCUGGACAGGUUGAAGCAAUCUUUGAGGCUGUUCUGGAUUCUGCAAGCGGUGGAAUGAAGGUCAUCAUUAAAGAAGGCACAAGAGCGCAGCAGGGAAGCACAGACCAAGGGAAGGGAUCCGACUCAAAAAAGACCCUUGUAAAGGAAACUAUCCCUACCUCAGAAACUUCAGAAGUCUCUAACGUCAUAAAUGUUAAGAAAGUAUCAGCUGAAUUGUCUGAUCCAUCGGAGCUACACAAAUCAGAGAUUUCCUCACCAAACACAGAACUGAAUGCUGGGGCAGGGCAUGAAAGAGAAACUCCUAAAGAGUACUUGCAAACAACUUUCAAAUCUGGAUCUCAAUUUGCAGAGAGUGAUGAAACUAAGGAUGCAGCAAUCACUUUGUUAGACCUUGGCUCUUCAAACCCAAAUUAUCUGGAUAACAAAGAUAGGGAAGGGAUGACUGUGAUUGAGGAAAAGUCAGUGCUAGAAAUGUCAAUAACUCCAAUGGACACCAAAUCCGAGGAUGGAGCUACUUUGGAAUCAGAGAGUUGUUCUCCGGUCUUAGAGUUAAGAGAAGUGCAAAGCAUCAGAUCUCCUUGUGAUGAAAUAGUUGGUGAUCGCCAAGUCUGUAACACUGUGCCUGAACAAACUGUCUUCCCAUCAGUGGAACAUGAACUGGUAGCUUGUGAGAGUGCUGGAUUAGAAACAUUAUCAAACCAACCCUUAGUAGAACUAAGCGACAGUCAACAGACACCAACAGAAACUCUCAGUCUUGCAGCAUCAACUGAUACCCUGCAAUCACCAAAUAUAUGUGCUGAUGAUCAGAAGAGUUCAGAGAUUGUCCAAAAUGAAGAUGGUACUGUAACAGAUUCAGGUGAAGGUCAGCUUCAUUUGGAAUUCGAAGAGGACACUGACGAGUUUGAAGUCUCAUAUCAGACAAAAAGACUUUCAGAGGAAGCAAUCAGCAAAUCACAGGAACAGAGACUCACUGCAUAUGAAGCAAUACCAAAUACGAGUUCCACACCUCUUGAUACAUCCACAAGUGAACAAGUGGAUCACGAUUGCACAUCAGACAGUUGUACUGAGCAGCAAAAAUCCUCCCUUGUUGUUAUAGAUCCUGACAGUAAAGAAGAAGAUCCUCAACAAUCUUUAAAGGAUACAGUCCCAAAAUCCACUGAAGAGCCAAGAAUUUCCCCUGAAACAGUUCCUGAAGUAUUUGGUUCAUGCAGCGAUAUGGGUUCAUUACAUGGUGAAGACAGCCACAUGAGUUCAGGUAAUCUGUCGUUAAACAUUUCCACAGCUGAGAUACCAGAUGCUGAAGUACAGCGGGAUCUUGAUGCUUGGUGUUCGGGAGAAGACAGUGCGUCCCAGCAUGAGAAUGAUCAUGCCAGUGAUCAGGAAGAUACAGUACUUGUCAUAGCAUUAGGGGAAUGCAGUGAUGAAACAGGCGGCCUUAUAGAGCAUACAGAACCCAAGUCUUCAGAGGGUAGUGACACUGAGGUAACAGUCAUGGAGGAUCAGGCAAUGGGUUCUGUUAUAGGAAAAACUGAUAAAGAUCAACAGCAAACCCAAAAGAUCAGUGAAACAGCUACACACACUAUACCGAUUGAGAGUGAACCAGCCGAGCAAUACCAAUCAAAAGACAUUCAAUCAAUGACGGAAGGUGAAACGAUGGACAGUGAACCAGGGAAUGAAACGAUAGACAAACAACUGGUUGAGGAGGAUCAAUCAAUGGAUUGUGAAUCAGUCAAGUUGGAUGGACCAUCAAAAUGUGAACCAGUAGAACAGGGCGAAUCUUUGGAUUGUGAACCAGUAAAACAAAAGCAACCAUCGGAACUUGAACCGGUGAAAAAGGAUCAAGCAAUGGACUGUGAACCAGUGAAACAGGAACAAUCGCCGGAGUGUGAACCAGUGAAGGAGGAACAAUCGUCGGAGUGUGAACCAGAGAAACAGAGUCCCUCAUCGAGUUGUGAACCAGAGAAUGAGGAUCAGUCAGUGGAGUGUGAACCAGUGAAAGAACGAUUUGAGUCUAAAUCCGAGAUGCAGAAUCAAUCAUUGGGCUAUGAAUCACUAAAGCAGGAUCAAUCAUUAGAGUGCGAACAAGUGAAGCUAAAUCAAUCAUCACACUGUGAACCAGUUCAUCCAGAUCAUUUAUCGGAGUGUGAACUAGUGAAUCAGGUUGAAUCAUCUGAGUGCGAACCAGUGAAGGAGGAUCAAUCAGUGGACUGUGCACCAGUUCAGCAGGAUGAAUCAUUGAAAUGUGUACCAGUGAAGCAGGAUCAAUCCUCAGACCGUGCACCAGUGAAGGAGGAUCAAUCAUCAGACUGUGAACAAGUGAAGCAGGACAACCCUUUGAAGUGUGAACCAGUGAAGCAGGAUCAAUCAGUGGAGUGUGCACCAGUAAAGCUGGAUCAAUUACCAGAAUGUGAACCAGUGAAGCAGGACGAAUCAUUACACUGUGACUCGGGGAAUCCGGAUCAAUCAUCAGACUGUUUACCAGUGAAGCAGGAUCAAGUUCCGGAGUGUGAACCAGUGAAUCCCGAUGAGUCAUCGAGGUGUGAACCAGUGAAGCUUGAUCAAGCGAUGGAGUGUGAACCAGUGAAGCAGGAUCUAGUAAUGGAUUGUGAACCAUUUCAUCAAGAUCGAGCAACGGAAAGUGAACCUUUGGAAAAGGAUCAUUCAUUUGAAUCUGAAGCAGUGAUGUCGGCUCCAACGAUGGAAUGUGAACCUUUUCUACAAGACCAGGCAUCAAAAAGUGAACCAAUGACGCAAGAUGAAGGCUAUGAUCCAUCUACAAGUAACGAUAAAGUAUUGACAGUAGAUCAAGUGUUAGAGGGUAAUUCAAAGUCAGAAGAUGAGUUCAUGGACCAUGAUUCAUUGGAGACUGAUCAACCUGUAGACUCUGAACAUAUGACCCACGAUUGCAUAACGAGUCGUGAACAAUCAAAUCUCACCCAGAACCUUGAACAAAGCGGAGAAGUGAAAACCUCAGUGCAACCAAUGGAUAGAGAACAGGCUGUGAGCGAGAACUUGAGAGAUGACAGCCAUCAGUGUCCAGAAGACUACAACAUUGAACCAAUGGACGAAGGUGAAUCAUUACAUGCGGAUCAGCCAGUCCGGUUGGACAGCGAAUCUACAAUCAGUAACUCUAUGAAACAAGACAGUGGACCAGUAACUCGAGAUCAUUUAACAGUAAGUGAACUUGGCAAACAAAAUCUUGUUACUGAUGAUCAACCAGAGGAAACUGAGAGCAAUGCACCAGUGGAAGAUGACACAAAUCCAUUCCUGGAAAACGAUGAAAGUAAUCCAGUUGGUCAAGAAGGUGAACAGAGCGAACAAGGUGAUGAAGUUGAACCAGCUGAUAGUACACAUUUAGAUCAAGUCCCUUUGCUUGAAACCGUUAAAGGUAACGAUCUGGAUGAAGCAACUGUGUUAGAGUCGCACCUUGUUGAGAACCAUGAAGUAAAGGGGGAAGACACAUCUGUAGAUAUUGAGUCACAAAAUGAUGAGGACACAUCUGGGUUAGGACAAGAUCAGCAAAGUCACGUGGUGCUACAUGAUGCAGCUGUAGAAGAGUCUGCAGAAAAUACCGAGACGGUUGCUCAAGAUCACUUGGAGGAAACUGAACGAGACAGCUCAUCAGGGCAUGAUGAACCUAACAUACAAGAUAGCUUGGGUUGCUGUGAAUCUGUGGAGCAGAGUUUCUCAGAAUUAGACAACACGGAACCAGAGAGAAAAGUUUUUGACACGGGUGGACAAUCUACUCUGAGCCCUCAAGCAGAGAAAAUAGAUGAACCGCUGGAAAAGGAACAAGAACCAGUUCAAGUCAGUAUGGUUUAUGUUCAAGCGAUGGAUCAAAAUGAGUUGUUGAAAGUCGAUGAAGCUGUUUCCGAAAAUGUGUUCCGUACAAAUCACAACAUAAGAGAGGAUAAUGUAAACAACAACAGAUCCACUGAGAGCUUGCCAUAUGAAGACAUGGGUAAUUUUGAGAGUGGGAUGUCGUCUGCUGAUUCAGAAUUUCAAAGUAAAAGUACGCCAGCUUUGUCAAACACAGCAGCUGAUGUUUUACUCUCGGAUUUGCAGGAAGAUUCUGAAAUGGCUCCAGAAAAAUCCAUCGAGGAAGUUGACGUCGAAUUGGAGUCUAAAUUGGAGUCUAUUGAUAAACCUGAGGUCGAACCUCUUGAAACUAUUCAAGUUGAUUUAUCGAGCACUGAGAGUGAUUCUGGUGCUCACAGAAGUAGCCCAUCGCCUGCAGUUGGCGAUGACUGCCCACUGUCUCCAACAACUCAUUCUAGCCAAGAACUUGGGACUGAUGAUAUAUCGACCCAGUCAACAUCAGAACUGUUGUCUUUUGAUGAUUUAAUAACUCCAAGUGCAUCGAACGGACCAUCAAGUCUCGACACUAUUGAAAGAGAUUCUUCAUCUGAAGUCUUCAAUCACUGUGAAAUGGCCGAAGCAUCUGAUUCUCUUAUCGAAAACUCCCUUGAGCCUUUCAAAGACAGAUCCAGUCCAUUUGAGCCAGCUUCAAACAAAGAAAGCGGCUUACCAAAUGGGCUGGUCGAACCGCAGCGCUUGGAUGAUAUUCCUGUGGGUUCUCUAGCAGGGCAGACAUCAGAUCACUUGAACCAAGACGACGUUGCUGGUGUAGGUAGACAGUCGGGGUUGGAUGACGAACAGGAGAAUAGAGAGAACACGCCUCUGGUGGAGGAGCCAUCAGUGCAGGAGAUCUGUACAGUCAGGAGAGAGCCAAUCUUAAAGAGGACUAUUGGGGAAACACCAAAGAGCAUGAUGUCUGCCAAGGAGGCGGGGUUCAAGAAGGAACGCCUGACCACGGAGGCACCUACAAGAGUACUACGUGGCAAUGUUCGAACAGAUCCUUCCUCAGAGUUUUCCUCAUCAAUGUUCCCUCGUCACUUGGAGAUCGGUGACCUUGUGUGGGGACCCAUUCGUGGCUACCCAUCUUGGCCAGGAAAGCUCGUCAGUGAGGCUGAGGUCAGAGGUCGUUCAAGGAGAGAAGAAGGAAAGAUGUGGGUGAGAUGGUUUGGAGAUCACAGCUGCACCCAGGUGGAGCCAGAGAAAUUAAAGACGUUAUCUGAGGGGCUUGAAGCUCAUCAUAGUGCCCGACAGAGCAAUAGAAGCAGGGGUCGUAGGUUGAAUAGUACACUAGAAGCCGCCAUCCAAGAAGCCAUGAAUGAAUUAGACAAGAAGAUGGAACAAGCCAAAGAAAGCAAAAUGAAGCCAGUGCCUAAAUCAUCGAAACAGAAAACAAGAUGCAAAAGACUAAGGUGAUAAAGUGUAAAUUAUUCUGUACAUAAAUUUGUCAAAUAAACUCUUGAAUCUUUAUGAAAUGAAAAAGUUGACACAAAAAUAUGAUUUGUAUGACAAUAAUAAUACUGUGUUAUUUACCUUUUUAAAAAAAGGCCACUGUGCACGCAGAGUCACUCUCAAACGAAACAUUUUGUUACGAGUUGAACAAAUCAUUCUGAAGAUGUCUUUGAAAAUUUAACCAUUGACUUUCACUUAUGCUAACUUUUAUAUCAAAUUGAAAAAUGAUAAUAAAGUUUAAAAUUUAAAUUGAAAGUUACCCUAGCCAUAGGCAACCAACUGACUUAUGUUUUUUUUAUGGUGAAGUUUGUUUCAGGAAUAAUACGCAUAUUUAUGCAGAUUAAGUGAAGCCAGAUUUAGGACUUUUUACUAAACCUUCUAUAAAAAAAACUGCAAUUUGAUAUUGUCAUCAUUGUUAUUAGUCAGAUUACGACUUUAUUAAUAUUGCCAAAUUAACCUUCAGGAAGGUACUUUUACUCUAUAUCCUAAAUGAUUUCUCUACCUGAGUAGUAUUGUCUAUUUCUCAAGAUUAUUUUUUGAAUAAUAUUUUGCUUUGAACAAAGAAAAACAAUGACUGGAGCCGGACAUGAACCAACA